AGACGCCGCGCAAGACCAGCACAUCGUGGGGCCCACAACGAGUCGCUGACGACGACGCCGAAGAUCGACGACGAGCGCACCGCUCCGGAUUCCACACCCAUCGCCAGCAGCCGAUCACCAUCGUCUAGCACGUCACCAAGCGGCUCUGCUGCGUCCAGCAAGCCGUCCCUGCCAGCAGCGGAGUAUCCUCCCGACGUCGACGCGCAUAGCUGAUUGUCGCCCUGGCAGCAGCAGUCCACCACGAAGCGUCACCUUCAACCGCAUCCUCGGCACCGACGUCCUGUCACAUCAGGUACCCGAGGAUGUUCAGCGAAGGACGCCUUUCAACGCCGACAACCAAGGCCAUCCCUGAGGGUGACCUUCUCACUCCUCAGGCCUUCCGCUAACGACACCUGGACGCUGCGCAUCAACCUCCGGACGAGGACACUGCAGCCCAGGCUGACAUCUUUUUUUACAACUCGGCAUCACCGGCUAUAGGCUUCUGCGGACAUACUUCUGGGCCCAAGUCCUUCCAUCCAAUAAGGACCUGGCGACUCUGGCCCACCACCAUCACCAUCGUCCGCACCCUCGCUUCAUCCGGGCUCAGCAGCCCUCAUCAGCACAGGCGCCAAGUCACGCAUCCGCAGCCUUCCUUCCAGGCAGGGCCUCCUCUACAGGAACCUCAUCAUUGUUCCUCGGGAACUCCGCCCUUGUCACUGGUGGGGGAGUAGCUGUGGCGGUCCCCUUCUACCACCACAUGCGACCCGACGCGCCGCCUAGCGGAGCACCACGACGUGGCGAGCGCGAGGGGAGCUAAGAAGCUUUGUCACUUUCGUGAAUCAGUUACGGCCUGGCCGCCGGGUCGAACAGACCUAGACAUCUUGUACAUAAAUAAUUACAGUCUAGUCACAAUCAGCUCUCAGCAUUGUCUUUAUUCUUUGUACCUGGUCCGUUCGCCUUUCCCUACCGUAUCUCCUAUUAGGGAGCGUAGAAGAUAGAGAGACCUAGUCAUCCUCAACUCUCUAAAGAUGCAAGAGGAGAUCAUCAGUUCUUCGCAGUUGCUGAAUGAGGACACAAGCUUCUUGAGUCUGUUAUAAGACUCGAUUUGUGCCCGUCCUCUUCUUUCUGAUGGAAUAUAGUUUGGCUUUGAAUAAUUUUCUCAGCCAUGGAUAAUUACUUUGACGCGGCGGCGUUUUUGUCGUCGAACCCAAAUUUGCCGCCAGUAUCAACUUUACUUGAAUACACCUACCCGAAUUUCUCAAUGCCUUAUCAUGAGAGCCAAGACUCCUUUUAUUACAAUGACGCACAGACAAAUGCAGUCGCUCCGGACGAUCGUAGUAAAAAGUCCGGAUACACCGAAGCCAACGCGCAGUACAGAGAACAAGAAGUCACGUCAAAAGCUGUACCCGCAAUAGAGCCGAUGACAAAUGAAGCGCCAACGAUUUCAACUAAUCCAGACGAUUUUUCCGGAGAACUAAAUUUUCAACUUUUCAUCAACCGUGACGAGUGCUAUAAAAAAUCUUUUGUGUAUUCAAAGCAACUCCGCAAAGUGUUCCUAAGUAUGAAUAAGGUGCUGCCAGUGCAAUUUUCUUGGCAAAAUAGCUCGUUCAACCUGCGUGUCCGAGCGUGCAUGAUCUUUCAGGCUAGUCAUAGUCGCGAUAAACCAGUCCAACGCUGCCGAGCCCACAAGGCAAUCGACUUGGAAGAAAAUAAUCACGUCGAAUCACUGCCAAUGAAAUUUACGUUUAGGACCUACCAACGAGGUAGCUUGUACCAAGAAGAUACAAAUAAUGGAUUUUUAUCGAUUGUAACGCCUACAGGACUGCUGAAUCCUGGCCGUGAUUACUUCCAAAUAGACUACGUUUUCUAUUGCAAUACCAGCUGCGUUACUGGCAUCAACAGGAGAGCGACAUUUUUGGUUUUUACACUCGAGAACGAAAAUGGAUUCGUCUAUGGAAGACAAUCACUUUUAAUACAAAUUUGCUGUUGUCCGAAAAGAGAUGCGAAAAAGGAAGAGAAUAAAACGUCGAGUCCCCGUGACAAGCGAAAAAUCAAUAGAGUCAAAAAAGUAGAAAAGCCGGAUCUUUAUCCAGUACCACGGCCGCAUUGUAUAUCGAGGUCACAGCAGUCGUCAUCGAAAUUGCCACAGACGAUGAAAAAGUUGCCACAACGAACGACGAACUAUCCACAGCCAGCGUUCAGAUUGCCGCAGUCAAUUGCACACUUGCCACAAUACAUAUCAGGCUUACAGCAGUCAUCAACAAGCCUGCCGCAACCAUCGAUAAAUUUGCCGCAGCCAACGGAAAAUUUUCCACAGCUAGUGAUCAGAUCGUCGCAGCCAAUGGCAAACUUUCCACAAUAUAUACCAAAUUUACAGCAGACAUCGGCGAGCUUGCCGGAGCCAAGGUCAGAUGCACCGCACUCAACGCUCAGAUCGUCGCAGUCAACGUCAAACUUUCCGCAAUAUAUGCCAAGUGUACACCAGCCGUCAACGAACUUGCCACAACGAAUAAUGAACUGGUCAGAGCCAACAGAAAAUUCGCCACAAUAUACACUAAACUAUCAAGAACCAUCAACGAGCUUUCAACAAUCAAUGAUGAAUUUGCCAGAGUCAACGGCAAAGUGGCCACAGCCAACUAUCAGCUUGCCGCAGCUCACGAACGACGUGUCAAAUUCAACAUCAACGAUGUCUAACGAUAAGAUUGUUGAACAGUUCAAUAUGAAUUUACUAGUUUAUGGAGGCGAAAAUUCCUUGGCUAUAAUGACAUUCUCUUAUAAGAUGAUGUUAAGAGAGGCAUACGAAAGCAAUGAUUUUGCAAGGUAUCGAGAGGUGCUCGAUAACACAAAGCAAAGGAUUGAAGAGCUGCAAAGGGAAAUCUUGCAAAGAGAUGCAGACUCAUCGUUGUAAUAAGAUUUGGGUUCGUGUAUGUAUGUAUAUAUGUAUAUAUUGUGAAAAUAUUCGUGAAUGUAAAUAUAAGGUUUAUACGCAUAUGUAUAUAAAAUUAGAAUAGUGUAAUAAAAUUUAAAUUUAAAAUCAAAAUCAUUGUCUCUGCGAUUAAUCUUGUU